CUUCCCCUCAAACCCAAGUGCCGCUCAGUUCUGACCUUCAAAAAGCCUCGAAAGCAGACGACUCUCCUGCUUCCAUCACAAACCUCCAGCGGUAGAUCUGCUAUUGUAUCAGAAGAGGGUUUAGAUUUAGUUGGGGCGGAAAAGAAUGCGCCUGGGAGAAGUGCAUUUUCUACAAAUGGUGGUAUAUUUUCAACUACUCCAAGUUCUGAAGCAGUGAUCUCUAACUUUAGCAGUUUGACUAGUAAUGGAAGUUCUGGUAAUUUCUUUGAGGAGGGCGCUAAACCUUGUGACGUUUUAGAUGGAAGAUGGGUCUAUGAUGAGAGCUACCCCCUCUAUUCAAGCAAUGCCUGCCCCUAUAUAGAUGAAGGUUUUAGAUGCGAAGCCAAUGGGAGAAGCGAUGCUGACUACAUGAAGUGGAGGUGGCAGCCAAAUAAUUGUAAUAUCCCAAGGUUUAGCCCUGUGAAGUUUCUAAAGUUGAUCAGUGGAAAAAGACUGGUUUUUGUCGGUGAUUCAAUUAAU